AUGUCAUUGAUUCUAUUCGAACAUUACGGAUUUACGCCUCCUGCUACCUUUAAAUCCAACGUUGAUCGGUGGGUUUUGUUAGGCCGGAAACAACGAGGAAUUGGUAAAGGAAACCUUAACGGCUUUGGUGGAAAAGUUGAAUUACAUGACCUCAGCCCGCUUCUUGCCGCAGUUAGAGAAUUAGAAGAAGAAUCAGGGCUUAGAGUUGCACCAGAACUGUUUGAUGAAGCGGCGCGGUUAUAUUUUACUUUUGAAAGACAGGAAGAGCUUCCUUUACAAUUUCUGGCAAUUGAUAGAUGUCUUAGCCUCUGGUAUUCAUAA